AUGGCACUCGUAUGUAUUGAAGACAGUGAUCCUUGGUUCAGGGAAUACGAUGCCUGUGAGAAACUUUCCAUGGAAAUCAUGGAACAACUUAUAGCUCGCAAUAAGCAUCCAAAGUCUUCACAAAUAUAUCUCACUUUAUCUGCAAAUAUACGAAUUCGUCUAAGACAGUACAAUCAUGAAGUUCAAGAACUUAAGAAUAAAGUGGAUAGUGCAUUAAGAUCUAAAACUAUGUAUCCUUUCAUCAUUUUAUUUUAUUUAGUUAUCAAAUUUACUCAAAUAGAGAUAUUGCAAAGUAGAGAUGUAAAAUUGCAAGAGUUACAAGCAUUUACAAAUAAUUUUGCAUCUUCUCGUUCAAAAUUAUUAACAUCAGAAACAUCAGCCUUUGCAGAUGGAGGUACAAACUCUUUGACAACUGAUGAUGAUGAUGAUAAACCUUUAGAUACACAAAUAUCUGUUGCUGAUCUUAUAACUAAAAAAGAAAGAGUUCUACAAGAACAAGAUAAAGGUUUGGAAGAGUUAAGUAAAGCUAUUGCAAGGCAAAAAGAAAUUGGUAAAACUAUCAGUAAUGAAUUAAAUCAUCAGAAUGAAAUAAUAGAUGGUAUAUCCAACCAUGGGGAUACAAUAGAUGAAACAUUAAUUAACACAACACGUAACAUACAAACAAUUAGUUACAAAAAUCAAAUAUGUGGCUACUGGAUAGUAAUAAUUUUUCUUUUUAUUUGUAUUAUCACAGUCCCCUAUCUUUAA